AUGGCCAACGACGAAUAUGAUUUCCUCUUCAAAGUCGUCUUGAUCGGUGACUCCGGUGUCGGAAAGUCCAACCUUCUCAGCCGAUUUACGCGAAACGAGUUCAACCUGGACUCGAAGUCGACCAUUGGUGUCGAGUUCGCCACCAGAUCCAUCCAGGUCGACUCCAAAACUAUCAAGGCGCAGAUAUGGGAUACUGCCGGUCAGGAACGAUACCGAGCCAUCACCUCGGCCUACUACCGCGGUGCCGUUGGUGCCCUACUCGUUUACGACAUUAGCAAGCAUCAGACGUAUGAGAACGUGACUAGAUGGCUGAAGGAGCUUCGCGAACACGCCGACGCCAACAUCGUCAUCAUGCUGGUGGGAAACAAGAGCGAUCUGAGGCACUUGCGGGCCGUCCCCACGGAGGAGGCCAAGUCAUUUGCCAGCGAGAACCACCUGUCGUUCAUUGAGACAUCGGCCUUGGAUGCAAGCAACGUCGAGCUAGCUUUCCAGAACAUUCUCACGGAGAUCUACCGAAUCGUCUCCAGCAAAGCACUGGACAGCGGCGACGGCGCCCAGACCACUAUCGGCGCGGGCACAAACAUCUCCCUCAGCAAGCCCGCGGACGAUGAGGCGUCCAAGAGUGGAAACAGCACUGGACCCCUCAGAAACAAACGACAAGAAGGUGUCGAAGACCUGAUCGACAAAGGUGGUAUCGAGAUGGCUGCAGUCUACAAGACCAUAUCCAAGGGCGCCUCCCAAAAAUCCGAUGCGCCCAGCCAUGGCGUCAAGAAGAACAAGCAGCGAGUGCUCAUCCUCUCCUCGAGAGGCGUCACCUACCGGCACCGCCACCUGUUGAACGAUAUCGCAUCGAUGCUCCCACACAGCCGAAAGGACGCAAAGUUCGAUUCCAAGUCGAGGCUAAACGAACUGAACGAGCUGGCCGAGCUCUACAACUGCAACAACGUCCUCUUCUUCGAGGCGAGGAAGGGCAAGGACUUGUACAUAUGGCUGAGCAAAGUUCCCAACGGCCCGACGGUCAAGAUGCACAUGCAGAAUCUACACACGAUGGAGGAGCUGCAUUUCACAGGCAACUGCCUCAAAGGCUCGAGGCCCAUCCUGUCCUUUGAUGCCGCGUUCGACAAACAGCCACAUCUCCGGGUGAUCAAGGAACUGUUUCUGCAUACCUUUGGUGUCCCACAAGGCGCGCGCAAAUCCAAGCCUUUCAUCGACCACGUCAUGGGCUUUUCCGUAGCCGACGGAAAGAUUUGGGUGCGAAAUUACCAGAUCAACGAGGAGGAGGGCUCCAUUCUCCAGCCUGGGGCGAACAGCGCGGACAAGGGAGCGUCCAAGUCAAGGUCGGAGACGGACAUCAACCUCAUCGAGAUUGGCCCGCGCUUUGUCCUCACACCCAUCGUGAUCCAAGAGGGAUCCUUUGGUGGCCCGAUCAUCUACGAGAACCGCGAGUUUAUCUCACCGAAUCAAUUGAGGUCGGAUCUGCGUAAAUCAAAGGCUUCACGGCACAAUGCGCGCGCAGAGCAGACGGUCGAGAGGCUAUCCAAGAAAGGCGACUUGGGCCUGAGGUCGACCGGUGGCCAGCGGAAAGCUAGAGACGAAAUGGCCAACAAGGAGCUGUUCGCAUAA